UCCCUGGCCAGCAUGUCGUCUGCACAUUUUAACCGAGGUCCUGCCUACCGCCUGUCUGCUGAAGUAAAGAACAAGCUAGCCCAGAAAUAUGACCAUCAGCGCGAGCAGGAGCUGACAGAGUGGAUUGAGGGGGUGACAGGCCGCCGCAUCUGGAACAACUUUUUGGAUGGCCUCAAAGACGGGAUCAUUCUUUGCGAAUUUAUCAACAAGCUCCAGCCGGGUUCUGUGAAGAAGGUUAAUGAGUCAACCCAGAACUGGCACCAGCUGGAGAACAUAAGUAAUUUCAUCAAAGCCAUUACCAAGUAUGGGGUGAAACCUCACGACAUAUUUGAAGCCAAUGACCUGUUUGAGAACACCAACCACACACAAGUUCAGUCCACUCUCCUGACUCUGGCCAGCAUGGCCAAGACAAAAGGAAACAAAGUCAAUGUGGGGGUCAAAUAUGCAGAGAAACAAGAGCGGAGAUUUGAGCCAGAGAAGCUGAGAGAAGGCAGGAACAUCAUUGGACUACAGAUGGGCACCAACAAGUUUGCCAGUCAGCAGGGCAUGACGGCCUAUGGUACCCAGCGUCACCUCAAUGAUUCCAAACUGGGUACAGAUCAGCCCCUGGACCAGGCGACCAUCAGCCUGCAGAUGGGCACCAACAAGGGCGCUAGCCAGGCUGGCAUGACUGCACCAGGCACCAAGCGGCAGAACUUUGAGCCAGCUCUGGGUAUGGAACACUGUGAUACACUCAACGUCAGCUUGCAGAUGGGCAGCAACAAGGGGGCCUCACAGAGGGGCAUGACAGUGUAUGGGCUGCCUCGCCAGGUGUACGAUCCCAAGUACUGCCUGACCCCGGAAUACCCAGAGCUGGGUGAGCCCACCCACAAUCACCACCCACACAACUACUACAACUCUGCCUAGGCUCCUCCCCCAAAGGGCUGGCUGC